AGUUAAGUGUCCAAGUGCAAAAUCAAGUGGUUAGGAGCUAAUAUCCGUACACUAUUCACUAGUUUAGUAGAUACUAGUGCCGAUAUCAAAAUUCCUUUUUGCCUUGUUCCGUAUCUCCUAUUUCAGUUUCAUUAUUACUCUACAACCAUAGAACUGCUUUUUAGAGAGAAAGCAACAAGAAAUUCUCUUUUCUUGAUUUGUGAGAUUGUGGGCAGAAUAUUCGUUAUCCUUAUGAUCUGAGCCAGUUGUUCUUUUUUGGUUUUGGCCAAGAUCAAGUAAAAUUGAUUAGUUGACUUUAGCUAUAUUAGAAGAUCUUGAUGCUUUGAGUUGAAGUAUUUGUAUGUUUGUGAAGUCGGACAGCUCAAAAAUUGAUUCUUGGUGUUCUUGUGAAGAGUGGUGCCCCCUAUCCAGGUGUUGUUGCUGUUCUGAGAUGAUUUGGAAUCAAAUAGACCGAUACUUUUCCAUCCCGAGUAAAGUAACUGCACUAAAUCUUUGAGGGGCUACUUACUUAGGCAAGUUCAUGCCUUCUUUUGGACUUGUUUAAGGAUUUAACUCAGUUACCUGAAGAAUCUUGAAAGUUACCAUUAACUAUUUUGUUACUUGGAUUAAAUAGUUAUUUUUGAAACAGGACCGGAUAUUGAUCAAAUAACUCUUUUAUGUUCAAGGAUACAAGAUUGAACUUCCAUAAUGUUUUUUAUUAGUCUUUGAGGAUAUUCUUGCUCUCUUAGGGAUUCUUGCCAUUUUGGAUAACAAGAAAGAAUUAAGUUUGAAUUAUGGACAAUGGCAGUGAACUUUCAUCAUCUUGGAGUUUUGCUUCAUCCUCUUAUGAAUCAAAUGGGGACUGCAGCCACUACGAACCAGGGACAUGUCUUGAUCUGCUGAGCUUGAGUAAGCUAAGUGGUAGUCUCGAAAAGCUCGUGCUUAAUGCUGAAUAUGACUACAGUGAUGCAGAGAUAGUUGUUGAUGGAAUCACUGUCGGUGUGAAUCGCUGUAUUCUUGCUGCACGAAGUCAGUUUUUCCAUAAAAAAUUUAAGGAGAAUGAGAAUUCUGUGAAGGAAGGAAAACCUAAGUAUUUACUGAAGGAUUUGGUGCCUUGUGGCUCAAUUGGUUAUGAAGCAUUUAUGGUCUUGUUAAAUUAUUUGUAUACGGGAAAGCUUAAGUCUCCUCCUCCGGAAGUUUCAACUUGCGUUGAUAUCACUUGUACUCAUGAUGCUUGCCGCCCUGCCGUUAAUUAUGCUGUGGAACUCAUGUAUGCUUGUGCCACUUUUCAAAUUAAAGAACUUGUCAAGGCUGUUCAGCGGCGUCUUAUCAAUCUUGUUGAUGAGGCUACAGUGGAUGAUGUAAUUCCUAUACUUUUAGUGGCCUUCCACUGCUCACUGGGCCUACUUUUAGAGCACUGUGUGCAGAAGGUGGAACGAUCUGACUUGGAAAUUUUUACUCUUGAGAAAGAACUUCCUUCCAAAGUUUUGAUCGAUAUAAAUGCACGCCGCCUUAAGUCCCAAAUAGUGAUUGAACAAGACGUGAUAAUGGAAGGUGGUUCCCUACACGAGAAGAGAAUUAGGAAGAUUCUCAAGGCUCUAGAGUCCGACGACAUUGAAUUGCUGAAGUUACUCCUGGGAGAGUCUAAUGUCACUUUAAAUGAUGCUUGUGCUCUUCAUUAUGCAGCUGCCUAUUGUAACUCUAAGGUUGUAAAUGAGGUACUCAAGCUGGGUAUAGCUGAUGUCAAUCUUCGUAACUCCCGAGGAUAUACGGUCCUUCAUAUUGGUGCUAGACGUAUGGAACCAUCAAUAAUAAUGAGUUUACUUGACAAAGGAGCAUCUGCCUUAGAUACGACACUGGAUGGACUUACAGCACUAUCCAUUUGUUUGAGGGUGACUCGGCUAAAGGAUUAUAAUGAGACAGCAAAAGAGGGACAGAUAACUAAUAAAGACCGAUUAUGCAUUGAUGUUUUGGAGAGAGAGAUGAAUAGGAAUCCAAUGAUUGGAAACAUAGCUACAUCAUCAUCCGAGGUGGCUGAUGAAUUACUCGCGAUGCUGCUACUCUUAGAAAAUCGAGUGGCAAUGGCACGCAUGAUGUUUCCUAUAGAAGCCAAGCUGGCCAUGGAUAUAGCACAUGUUGAUUCGACCUCGGAGUUUACUGGCCUUUCAGAAAUAAAUAACUUAUGUGGAGAUCUGACAGGGGUUGUUUUGAAUGAAUUUCCACCUGAAAAGGUAAAAGGACUCCAAGAGCGACUGGAAGCCCUGCAGAAAACAGUGGAUACAGGUCGACGUUUUUUCCCUAAUUGCUCAGACAUUCUGGACAAAAUGCUAAAUCCUUUGACGCUGGAAAGUGGCACACCUGAGGAACAAAGAUCGAAGAAAAUGCGUUAUGAACAACUUAAGGAUGAUUUCGAGAAGGCAUUCAACAAAGACAAAGCUCAAAAUCACUGGGCAGGCUUCUCAACAUCAUCCUCCACAUCUUCUCCUAAGAGUAAUAAGAGAAAAAAGUAGGAACCUCUUCAUGUUUUGGUUAUUAUUUUUGGCAGCUUCUUUUUUAUAGUAAGUCCUAGUAAACAUGCAUCAUCUGUGAGCCAUUAGAGGCUACCAAGUUGUAAAAAGGUUUAAUCUCAAAAUUUUGAGAUAAAAAGAAGGGAUUUGGGAGGGGUAGGGGGGAUAGAAAAGAAAGGUCGGAGUAGGAAUGGUCUUUUGUUGCACUUUUUUGUCCUCACUUCUGAAUUGAUGAAUGUUAACCAUGUUGGAGUUAGAAAAUCUAACAAGGAGAUUCCACACUUGAGAUUAAAUAAUCCAUGCCUAUACAAAAAAGCUUUUCUUUUUC